GAUCGCGGCACGGACGCGUUCGGGGCUCUGUUGUCCCUCCGCAGGCGCCGUAGCGGGGGCGGCGCCGGGCGGUUCCGGGAGGGCCGGAGCGGAGCGGGCGCGAUGUUGGUGCUGGUGCUGGGAGAUCUGCACAUCCCCCAUCGCUGCAACAGCCUCCCAGCCAAGUUCAAAAAGCUGCUGGUGCCUGGCAAGAUCCAACACAUCCUGUGCACAGGGAACCUCUGCACCAAGGACACCUAUGACUACCUCAAGACCCUGGCUGGGGAUGUCCAUGUUGUCAGAGGGGACUUUGAUGAGAACCUGAAUUAUCCUGAGCAGAAAGUUGUGACUGUUGGACAGUUCAAAAUUGGGCUGAUUCACGGACAUCAGGUGAUCCCCUGGGGUGACAUGGCCAGCCUGGCACUGCUCCAGAGGCAGUUUGAUGUGGACAUCCUCAUUUCAGGACACACACACAAAUUUGAGGCAUUUGAACAUGAAAAUAAAUUCUAUAUCAACCCAGGAUCAGCUACAGGAGCCUACCAUGCCUUAGAGAACAACAUCAUUCCUUCAUUUGUGCUGAUGGACAUCCAGGCUUCUACAGUAGUUACAUAUGUCUAUCAACUAAUUGGAGAUGAUGUGAAGGUAGAAAGAAUUGAGUACAAGAAAUCCUAAAAAAUGUUUUUGCUUGUCUGGUAUUUUUACCAUCUCCUUCUGAACUUCAAGUUCCAAAACUUGAUUGCUCGUUUACAGCCCUGCACUGUCACUAACAGCUUAACAAUGUAACUCUUGUCAUGAAUUUAAACAACCUUGUGUUUGCUUUUCUCUGUAUGAAUUGAUUUGUAAAAUAUUCCAUUAAGAUAACUGUCUAAAUGCUGUUCCUUAAUGUUGUAAUAAACUCCACUUCAUAGAAAA